CAACAACUCUGCAACUAGGAACAAGAAUUUCUGCACUAAUUUUUCUCUAUUUUCAUUUUUCUGUACACGCUGUCUCCUCUCUCUGUAAUGGCCCCUUUUAUAUUAUCACCCUCGCUAAUUAAUGACAUUUACUACUCUGCCACUCACCUCUUCUCUCUAUCUCUAUCUUCCUUCCCAUCCCCAUCAGUAUUCAGUAAUGUACCUUCUCUUGCUACUAUUUCUCUGCAGUUAAACUACAUUCACAGCUCAGCCAUCGAGACCUGGGCUUUAGGGUUUGAGAUUUUUUUUUGGUGUCCCGUUUUUUACGCUAUUUAUUUUUCAAAUUUCGUUAACCUCGAAGUUGGAAUAUGGACAUCUCUAUUUGCAGGCUGGGGACGCAGCUUUUCUUUAGUGGUGCAUUCUGAAAUUUUAUUCUACAGAGCGGAAAGGAACUCCUUUGAUUCUUUAUGCUUGACUUUUGAAAAUGAUGGACGGGCGGAGACAUUCAGUUGACAUUCCCAUCUCAAGGACUCUUAUAGCACUCAGGAGGGUGAGGUCUCUGAGGGAUCCAUCAACUAAUUCUAUGAGCAAAUUCUCUGCUUUACUUGAAAAUGCAAACUGGGAAACCAAUUCCACCAAUGAGAUUUCUUUGCGAUUCAUGGGUGGUUGUCAACAAGGUGGUUCUGAUCAUGACGGUCUUACAAGAUUGAAAAAUUCAGGUCAUAAAGGAAAGGAGGAUGAAGAAGUUGAUGAUUUUGAAUUGCAAUGUCAUUUGGGAAAAUCCAAGCCUGAGUUGAUCUCGUGUGAGAAUUCAGGUAGAGUAGAAAAGGUGGGAGCUCCUAUUAGGACAAAGAAGCUUGAAGGAUUGGAUAAUUGUGCAUUAAAUCGGGAAAAUAUUCAUGGAAACAAGUCAUUAAGUGAAAGAUAUUGUAGCAAUCAAAGGGACAAUGGAUUGGAACUAACAUGCGUCACACCUAUGAGCAACCGUUUGGAGGAUGCAGAUUCAGCUAAUGAACUGAUUUUAGGAUCACCAAAAGUAGAAUGUAUGGACCAGUCUAUGUCAAGAAAGAAAUCCCAAUACAAAAAUCAAGUUAAAUCAUCUGGGAUGGUGGGUGAUGUUUUGAGUCGACUAAGUAGUCCAUGCCUAUCUGCAAGUGAUGCUUUAUCAAGCCACAGCAUAUCAUUCCUUGCAAAUGAAGAGGCUGAUUUCAUGAUUCAAAAUGACUCUGGGUGUAGGAUAAGAUGCUGCUGGACAAGAACCCCCAGAUUCCGAGAAUCAAAUCCAUAUUCUGAUGCUGAAGGUCGUCCCUUGCUUUUCAAGGAUGUGGCUGAGACAACAUCAUAUGAACAUCGGAGCUGGAAGCUCAUUGCUAAUGAAACUCCUAGGAGUUUCAGCCAUAAGUUUAGGCCAAAAUCUUUUGAUGAACUGGUGGGACAAAAUGUAGUAGCUAAGUCUCUUUUGAGUGCUAUUUCAAAAGGAAGGAUAACCUCCUUGUAUCUUUUCCAUGGUCCCCGUGGCACGGGCAAGACCUCUGCCUCAAAAAUCUUUGCCGCUGCAUUAAAUUGUCUCUCACUUGAGGAGUAUAAACCAUGUGGUCUAUGCCGAGAAUGUGUUCUACUCUUUUCUGGAAGGAGCAGGGAUGUGAAAGAAGUGGAUUCAGUGAGAAUUAAUCGAGCGGAAAGGAUUAGAUCCCUAAUUAAGAAUGCAUCAAUUCCUCCAGUUUCAUCACGGUUCAAAGUUUUCAUAGUUGAUGAAUGUCACUUGUUGCAUGGAGAGACCUGGGCAACUGUUCUAAACAGCCUAGAGAACCUUUCUCAACAUGUUGUCUUUGUUAUUAUCACGCCCGAUCUGGAAAAGCUGCCAAGAAGUGCAGUAACUCGGUCUCAAAGAUAUCAUUUUCCAAAGAUAAAAAAUGCUGAUAUAUCAACCAGAUUGGGGAAUAUUUGCGUUGAAGAGGGUAUUCAGUUUGAUCAGGUUGCUUUAGACUUCAUUGCUGCUAAAUCAAAUGGUUCACUCAGGGAUGCAGAAAUGAUGCUGGAUCAACUGAGUUUGCUUGGUAAAAGAAUCACCAUGUCCUUGGCCUAUGAGCUUAUUGGAGUUGUUUCUGAUGAUGAAUUGCUCGAUUUGCUGGAUCUGGCACUGUCCUCUGACACUUCAAAUACAGUUAUAAGGGCCAGGGACUUAAUGAGAUCCAGGAUUGACCCUAUGCAACUUGUGACACAACUGGCAAAUCUCAUCAUGGAUAUACUUGCUGGCAAAUGCCAAGAAGACACUUCUGAAGUUAGAAGAAAAUUUUCAAGGAGGCAUGCUUCUGAGAUGGACAUGCAGAGGUUGAGUCAUGCAUUGAAAAUACUUUCUGAAACUGAGAAACAAUUGAGGAUGUCCAAAAAUCAAAGCACAUGGCUUACUGUAGCUCUUUUACAGUUGAGCUCUCUAGAAUCUCCUUCCCUGGAUGCAAAUGAUCCAAAGUCUUCUUUAAGGAAUGCACGUGACAGAGAUGAUGAUUUUUGCAGUACAUCAUCCACAGGGGAGAGCUUGAAGCUUCUUUUCCCAUGCUUGUGUGAAGACAGCAAGUUAAAUAAAUUGGGGAUGCAAGGGGAUUGUAAAGCAACAUUGGAGUCCAUAUGGAAGAAAGCUAUAGAAUUGUGCCAAUCAAAUUCACUUAAGAGUUUUUUAAGGAAACAAGGGAAACUGUCUUCUCUUUCCGUUAAUCAAGAUUUGGCUGUAGCUGAAUUGGAAUUCCAACAUCCUGACUAUGUAUCUAAGGCUGAGAAGUCGUGGAAGACGAUAGCAAGUUCUCUGCAGUUAAUUUUGGGUCGAAAUGUAGAAAUUCGAAUUAAUCUGGUACUUUGUGCUCCUGUAUCAAAGUGUCCUAAACUAAGGAAGCUGUCUUUCAGUUUGUUUAGUUGUUCCCGCAGAAUGCAGCAGAAAUCACAAUUACCAGUGGGAUGCAGAAGUGAUUCUGACUAUUCUGAUCAUGUCUCUGAAAAGCCUAUUAUAAGUGACGAAGCUAUUUUAACUUGUUCUUCUGAUUGUAGAUCUCAAAUGCCACAUAACUAUCCCAGAGUAGAAGUGGUAAGGGCUUUGAGAAAUAGUGAGGGGAAUCUAUUGAGCAUAGGGAAAGCCUCAUCCAACAGAUCAUUACAAGAUGAUGCGUUAAAAACCCCUGCACAUGGAAUUGAUUCUUCCAAGGAAGUGAGAAGCAGCCUUGAAUAUGGGGUUUUCUCUAGUCAAGAGACUGAAGGCCAGCCAAACUGUUUUCCUAGAGCUCGGAGGCUCCAAAAGAGGUUACAUUCAUCUGACAAUUCUCAAGUAAUUUGGAUGGAUAACGAGAAAGCAAACAAGCUUGCACUUUCUAUUCCUGAGAAGGAAUCCCUUCAAACAUACAACAGCACCGAUGAUUCUUAUGUCUUCAGCAGCAACAAUUACACCAACUCCAGAAGUGAGGAUGAGCUGAGGGAGAACACAGUUGCUUUUUGUUGGAGAACACCCACGUUGCCCGUGAACAAGAAUUGGCAGUUGACGGAUCAUCUACGAAGAUCACCCUUAGUUGGGUGGGUUCUUUCCUGUGCCUCUGCAAAAUAGUUAGAUAUAUGCUAUGGGGGAUAUCAGUAAUCCUUCUGUUAGCGGCAUGGGAGCGUCAUUGAUGCUCUACAGUUGUUGUAUGUAUAUAUGCAAAUGUUGCAGAUUUUUUUUUUCUUCCAAGGGAACAAAAACUAGUGGAACCAUUUAAUCCUCGACUCAAACUCAGGUUUCAUUCAUUUGGGAAGUAAAGAGAGCGAAAAUGGAUUAGUUGGGCACUUCCUUUCGUUUUCUUUCCUUUUCCUGUGAUGCUAAUACUACUGUUCCGUAUGUAACGAUAAUCAACAAAAAAGGCCAAUGCCCAAUAGAGUAAGCUGAUGCCCGAUGGAUUUGCUU